AACGUCCUGGUUUCCCAUGAGAACUAUGAUAUCGUACCAGAUGGAGCCCGAUCUUUACCCCCGUCCCAGAUGGCUCUCCUGAAAUUCUUUUCAAUCUAUAUACCCAUAUAUCUGUAAUUUACGUUUUGUAUCUCCAUGAGAAUAGAAGAUAUCAUCUAUUUCACCAUUGCUAUAGGUUUAAUUGGUUUACUAUUUGAUUAACCGAGUGACGAAGUUUACAAACCAAAAUAAACCUGAUUUCGACCCGAUUAAAACCUGAUUUUGACCCGAUUAGAAACAUAACCCUCAACCGAGAAAUCCCUAAAAUCACAUUUUAACCUCUUUUUUGUUUUCUCUCGCGACGAACCCUAGAAAAUCAAAUUUCACCAUCGAUUUCUCAAAUUGAAUCGAUGGAUUUAAUAAUCCGAUCUGGUUUUGGGCAACAAGAUGGUAUUGGGCAAAGAGAUGGUGUUGGAGAACGAGAGUACGAUGAAGAAGGAGAGGAUCGAGAUGAAUUUCACGUCGAUAUGCUUGCUCAGGAAUUUACCGAUGCUGAAGAGUCGAUUCGUCAUGAUACGUACCCAGAAAGUGACGACGAGGAAGAAGGUCGUGGUCGUGGUGCGGGUCGUGGUCGUGGUGCGGGUCCAGAGAGGGUGUUUACGGAUAUCGGACGUGGUGAUGGAACUUUGUGGAAAGACCAAUCCUUCUACAAUGGGGUCGCAUUCAAGGAGAGUGUCUUGGACUAUGCACUACAUACUGGUUACAAUUUGAAGCAAUACAGGUAUGACAAAGAUAAACUCGGGUUUAGAUGUGUUGGGGAUAAGGGCAAUUGUGAGUGGAAAGUGUUUGCUGCACUUCUUCCAAACGCAUCUUUGUGGAAGAUUACGAAAUACAUUGAUAAGCAUUGUUGUACCCCCAAUGGCGAGUGUGAGAUGUUUAAGGUCCCAGUCAUAGCUAGAAUUUUUCUCGAUAAGAUUAGAGAGGAACCGGAUCAUUACAAGCCUUUGAGGAUUGAACAGAUUAUCAUGGAAAGGUGGAAGAUAUCCGCUACUAGGCCACAAUGUCAAGCUGCUCGGAGAAAGGCUUUGGGAUGGAUAGAGUAUGAGUAUGAACAACAGUUUGCACGACUGCGAGAUUACCAAGCUGAGAUCUUGGAAGCAAAUCCAGGGUCUGUUGUGGAGAUUGAUACAAUUAAGAAUGAUGCUGGUCAAGACGUCUUCAAUCGGUUUUAUGUUUGUUUCGAUGCCCUUAGAAGAACUUGGAAACAGACUUGCCGGCCAAUAAUAGGAGUUGAUGGCGCCUUCUUAAAGGCAAAGAUCAAGGGACAGUUGCUUGCUGCAUUAGGCAGAGAUGCAGACAAUGGCAUCUAUCCAAUAGCCUGGUGUGUUGUUCAAGUUGAGAACAAAGACAAUUGGUUAUGGUUUGUGAAGAGAUUGAAGACUGACCUGGAUCUAAACGAGGGAGAUGGUUACAUUUUAGUGUCUGAUCGACAAAAGGGGUUGAUAAAAGCUGUGGAGUUGGAGUUACCACAAAUAGAGCAUAGAAUGUGUGUUAGAUGUUGGAGAAACCGUUUAUGUACUCCAUAUGUGGCAAGGUUUCUUGCUAAAGAGCAUGACAAAGCUUCGGAAUGCCAGGUGCAUCCUUCUACUAAUGGGUGCUUUGAAGUCACACUGGAUGGAGACAAACACAGAGUUAGUUUACAAAAUAUGACUUGUACCUGCAAAAAAUAUCAAAUAUGUGGUAUUCCAUGUGAGCAUGCCUAUGGAGUGAUUCUGAAGAGGACGUUAAGUGCUGAUGACUAUGUCUGCCAGUGGUUUCGAACUGCUAUGUGGAGGCUUAACUACACAAAUGGCAUUACUCCACAAAGGGGUGCUCGUCAUUGGCCUUCGACUUUAGGUGAGAAUGUUCAUGUUCCACCUGAGCCACCACAACCUGGGAGAAAGAAGAUAACCAAGGCAGACAAGAAGAGGAAGCCAGGUGUAAAUGAGUCUCCUGUCAAGAAGAAACCAAAACAUAAAAAAAGGAUAAUGCACUGUGGAAUUUGUGGUUCUGAUCAGCAUAACCGUAGAUGA